AUGCUUUACGCAAAGAUUCUUAUCGCCGCCAUCACGGGCAUCUCUUGUGUCGCUGCCGUACCAGCUGAUGCCCCUCCCAAGAAAGAUGUUGAAGUCUUCCGUCGAGGCGAAUGCCGCGAUAGCCGAGAUGACCUCUACUGCGGCCGGAGCGUCAAGGAGUUUACUAAAUACGACGUCAACAACAGGCUCUGCUACAACGACGGUGCGAACAGGCUUUUCUGCGCCAUUCGCGAGCAGCAAGAGCUAGCCUAUGAGCUUCUCAGGGAGUGGGAACGAAUCCAGAGAUGCGGCUUGAACCAGUACUACGCCACGAGAGAGCGUCGUUGCGAGUGCUACCGUCGUCGCGAUGGUCGCGGUGACAGAGACCGCUGUGACGGUGACGAUGAUAACGAUAACGACCGUGGCCGUGACAACCACAACCCCAACUGCAAGGGCGAUGACAUUGCUUUCUGCGCCGCCAGCGAGGAUCUGAUUAUCACCUAUGACCGUGAGAACGUACUUUGCGACAGGAACCUUGGCAACUACGUCUUCUGUGCCAACAGGGAGCGCGGCGCCGCCCGUGAUAAGGCCAGAGACCACUUCCGCGAUCGUCGUGACAACAACAAGCAGCAGGCCUAG